AUGCCUCCUCCUCCUCCUCCUCCUCCUCCUCCUCCUCCUGCUCCUGCUGCUGCUGCUGCUGCUGAUGCUGCUGAUGGUAGUAAUACCACCACCACCACCAGCAGCAGCAGCAGCAGCAGCAGCAGCAGCAGCAAGAGUUGUAUGUAUGAUAUGUCUUCUUAUGUAGAUAUUGCUCUUAUUGAUUUUGGAUCUGCUGAGAUCUUAGAGCCAAUUAACCGCAGCAGCAGCAGCAGCAGCAGCAGCAGCAGCAGCAGCAGUAGUAGUAGUAGUAGGUGCAGCAAAUGUUGUUGUUGCAAUUGUUGCAGCAACAGCAGCAGCAGCAGCAGCAGCAGCAAGAGGAGCAGUCUUAAUAGGCCUCCUGAGGUAUUUGUACAGAAUUCAACUGGUGUAGAGGGAGAUAUAUGGGCAGCAGCAAUAGUUUUAUGUUUGCUGCUGUCUGGUCAUUCUCCCUUUGAGGGAGCAGAAGCAGCAGAGAAAGCUGCUGCUGCUGCUGCUGCAGCAACAGCAGCAGCAGAAGCAGCAGUAGCAGCAAGACUAGAUGAAGUAUUUGCUGCUGAGGAAUGGAGAGAAGUACCAGCAGCAGCAAAAGAAUUAAUAAAAAAUAUGCUAAGAGUAGAUGCAGCAACAAGACCAACAGCAGCAGAUGUAUUAAAUACAGGAGCUUCAAUGGAUGCUGGUGCUGCUGCUGUUGCAGCAGCAGCAGCAGCAGCAGCAGCAACAGCACUAGCAGCAGCAACAGCAGCAAUAACAGCAGCAGCAAUAGAAGAAAGGAAGACAUUAGAGGAGAACAGCAGCAAACUAAACAUCUAA